AGCUUCACGUGGUGGAAUUUCAAGAUGUCUGCAGCAAGGGUUUUAAUUUACGGAGGAAAGGGCGCGUUGGGAGCUACCUGUGUAUCUUAUUUCAAGUCCAAAAACUGGGUAAGCAACUUAUAAUAACUUCCGCGGGGAUGUAAGACGUUUCUGUUGCCUAAGCAGACUUCUGUAUUUAGAACCGUAGCAUGCCUAUUAUGUACCCUUAGAUUCUAUCUCUCGCAAAAUACUAAUCCCUUUUUCGUCAAAGUGAAAUUUAAGAAAGUUCACCGUCCCAAACGUGAGGUGUAUCAGUAUAAACUUUCUGUCUGCGUACUAACUUGCGUACUAGCUUUUUACUAGCCUGCGUGCCUGCCACGUACGGAGGCUAGCUUUUUACUAAUUCAUUCACAUCAACUUUCAUAGUGGGUAGCAUCAAUAGACUUGUUUCCUAACGAAGAUGCACAUGCAAAUCUCGUUGUUACCAAGACUGAAUCAUGGACUGAACAAAAUGAGGAGGUAAGAAAAUUCCUGUAAUAAAUAAUAUUUAAUAUUUAUUUUUCAAAUUAAUCACCUAAUUGAAAAUGGGUUAGUUUUUAAUUGAAAGUAGAGACCUUGAAAAAUAAAGGGAAAUUUUAAAACCAGAAAGCAGGCACUUCAUGCACUAUUUUUAUUUUUAGAACUCUCAGAUAAUUUUUUUCUUUCAUGAAAAGCAACAGCCAGUUGCCUUCCCAAACAUAAUCUACUAUAGAUGCAUUUAAAUUCAUCACCAAUAGAUGAGCUUGGGCGCUGGUGCCUACAAAGUUGGUGGAGCCGGACAAUGCUCUAGCAUGAGGAGGAGGUAUCCAUGGCAACCCUGCAAGCAGCCCCCACCAGGCACCAUGUGUCACACUGAACAGUUCAGAGGAAUACUUACCAACCAAUGCUUACUUGGUCCGGACCUAAAGAGGGAGGAAGGGAUGGGAAAAAACAGCACAAAAUGGCAAAUAAGCAACAAGCUAUUGCGACAACACUUUGCGAAACACCACAAGCAAGCAACUGCGUAUGCAAGUCACCAGGUGACCCUGCUAGGGGCAUUGGGCCAUCCCUAGCACACCUGGAAAAACUGCUAACCAGCAUUGCUUCGAGUUUAACUUUGUCUAAAAUAUUACAUUUAGCCACAUGUAUUAAUGAACUGUAGCAUUUUGUUAGUCUCCAUCACAUGAUCACAGCCACUCGAGUCUGAGUCAUACAACGCUCCCCCUAAGCAUUUUUUGACUGGAGUGGGUCUAAUGGAGAUUAGCAUUUCACAGAACUUUAUAGAUGUAAUAAUGUGAUAAUUAACAAGCUGCUUUUUUUAGAUCCAGCCUAAAGUUGAGGCACUUCUGGAUGGUAACAAACUUGAUGCAAUUAUAUGUGUUGCCGGAGGCUGGGCAGGUGGAAGUGCUAAAAGUAAAGGUACAAAAAAUAUGUGUACUCAUAAAUUUAAUUAUGAUUUUUAUUUUAUUUUAUUUUGUUUUUGUGCUCAACAUUUUUUACAAACAUUGCUUGUCUUCAUAUUUUCUUAUUAGGUAUAUUAUUUUAAUUACUGGUCAUUAUACUCCAACACAGUGAAUUUUAGAAGGUUACAUGUUUGUGAAACACACUUCCCAUGGCUUUUUGUUUUACCAGCUGUCAAAACAAACAGCCUUGCAGAUCGAUACCAGACAUUAGGGGUUAAUUAACAUUUAAGCCUAGACGAAAUUUAAAUUCCCAUUUUCUGUUCCUAUACUUUUCCUGAAGUAGUAUGAAUAAGUUGUUGGUGUAUCAAUUGAAAUUUAUCUUUUGUGAUUAUGUCCUUAGAUUAAUUCUCAUCGCCAAUCUGUUUUAUAAAGUGUUGGUAUUACAGGGAGAAACUUGAUGAUGAUCAUGGCUUAAUAUAAGGGGAUUAUUACUUUGCGUUUUUCUUCUACAUGUUUUUUCAAUCAGCUGUGGUGAAGAAUGCUGACUUAAUGUUUAAGCAGAGUGUGUGGACAUCACUCAUUGCUUCCAGCAUUGCAUCAAAACACUUAAAAGAGUAAGUGAAUGAUACAAGAGAAUCCUGAUCAAUUUCUAAAACCCUCAGUUGUUUUGAAAGAACUGGCUAAUUUAGGUCAUUCAAACCUAACUUCCCUUUUUAGCUGCCCAAUAAUUCAAACCAAUUUACUUUUCCCAGGGUGGUUUGAAAAGUUGGGAAUCUACCAUUAUUGGUUUUUAAAUUCGAAGUUGACACAGUAUUAUCCAGCCUUAAGAAGUUGAUACUCAUUGCUUAAUCUUUCUGUGAAUUCUUGACCCUUAAAUUAUUGCCUACUGUACUUUUUGUUUUCAGUAAUGGACUGCUUACACUGACUGGAGCCCAGCCUUCUCUUAGCGGUACACCAGGUGUGGCUCUUAAGUAUUUGCUCAAUAAGAAUAUAUCAGACCAGAGUAGAAACUUGCUUGAGGUUCCCAUCUGACUGUAGCCAAUGUUACUUAUCAACUUGUGCAGACCCUUUGUAAGACUUAAUGGCAGCUAGUUAUUUGAAUGUAUGAAGUGUGUUAAUUAUUUACUAUACAGUGUUGAGUCACAGACCAGUACAGGGCUGUAGUUCACAUUAAGUAACGAGAUCAAGAGACACUUGCAUUUUGCCUUGUUAAGAUUUUUGCUUUUUCCUUGUGACAGCCUGUCAUCAGCUAGGGUCCUAUUAGCUGUUCAGUUCAGUGCGCUUGCCUCCUCUGUUUUGAGCACUAAGUGAUAACCUUACUGUGGGGUUGUUCUGUAACACAUAGAAAGAUCUAUGUUUUGAAAGGGUAGAGACAUGUAACUUUUCAGUAGGGCUAGUAUAUGCCUAAAGUGUGCUUACAAAUGAAAGAAUUUUAUUUUAAAAGAAGCAACAACAUGGUAGUUAUUUUUUUAUUGUUUCAGGAAUGUUGGGUUAUGGAAUGGCGAAGGCUGCAGUUCACCAGUUGGUAAAAGGACUGGCUGAAGAGGAAGGAGGACUUCCUCCAAGUGCCUCUGUUCUUGCCAUUUUACCGUAAGUUACAUUAGAACCACUCAAUGUUGGUUGUUCCCUUUUGCAUGAAUCUUUAGAUGUUCAAGACAUGCCACAAAAAUGAUGUUUUUCUUGUUAGAGUGAAUCCCUGCCAUACAUCCACCCCACGAACCCAACUGCAUUAUUAUUUUAACCUCUCUUUAGUGGCAUGAAUACCAGUUCUAUCAGUCAUUCCUAAUUCCACAUCUUUUUUAAACCUCUAAGGCCCAAGAGACAACCAUUAAGUUAAAAUAACCAACACCCGCCUUUUCAAAUCCAUAGUUAUUAGCUUCUUUAGAUUUUUUAGCUCUUUAAUAUGACCAGUCAGUUGAAUGCUGAUGCCUGAUGGUUAGUUUAGGGGAACUGAUCAAUAACCAAAAACCCACAACUCACUUUAUUGAUAGCUGGUCAAAUGUUAAUGUGUAUUAUUGAGCGUUUGAGUAAAAUUUGUGAUUUUGAAAAGGUUGAUAAUCUAUAGUAAGUUAUACUUUUCAUGCAUUUUACAAAGGCCUUGAAUGGUACUAUAUACCCUGUUGAUAUGACCUUGUUUCCAUGGCCCAGUGGUAGUCACAUUGACAGUGUUCCAUUGUACUGAUACCCUGCAUAGAAGGCACAAGAGAAUUUAUGGCGUAAAAUAGGAACAGCAACAUUAUCAUCCUAACGUAUGUUCUCCUUACUCACGUGCAUCACUUGUCUUAUACCCCAUAUGACUUCUUAUCAGCCUGCCACACAGGCUACUGAACUGAAGGCACAAGUGAGAUAAGUUGACUGAUACUGAAAGCAAAUUAAUGUGGUUACUCUAAUUACUUUAAUAGGAUGACUUUGGAUACCCCUGGAAACAGGAAGGGGAUGCCAAAUGCUGAUUUCACUCAGUGGACACCUCUGGAGUAUGUGGCAAAGUAAGUGUGUGGUAUACUUAAAAUUGGUUAUGGACCUUUCUUGCAUUCUACUACAGUGAACAAACACAGUGAAACAGUUUCAAAGACUGAUGGACAAGCAUUUUUUGGGAGUCCAAAAAGUUACCAGUGUUUUUGAGAAGCAGACCUAUGGACCUAUUCUGCCCUGAUAUUGUAAACAACCUUUAUUAUUGAAAACAAGACGAGAUCAGUGGCAGAUCCAGGGUAGGGGCCCCCCCCCUUAUUUUUAGACCAAACUGAGGGCUAAAAAAAAUUUUGUGCGAGACCGCCCCCCUCCUUAUCUCAGAGUCUUGAUGACCAGGUCCCCCCCUUAUCUGAAGGUCUGGAUCCGCCACUAAGGAUACAGGAUACUACUCUUGAUAGACUGCUAUGAACACGUUACAUGUGGUGAAUGAGUCAAACAGAGGAGAAGGCCUCUUUCCAGUUCCCUUCAUAGCCUGUUCACUCUCUUCAGGUCUGCCAAGUAUUUCCCCCGUGGGGAGGGGGGGGAAUUUUGGGGGUGGGGGUACUCCUACAUGAAAGGGGUGGGGAUGCUUGUUGUCUCACUUAGGGUGUUUUCUGGGCAAAACGCCAUUAUAUUAAGCUGCAAUCAUUGGGCCACGCCCAGAUUGGGGGGAUGGGGGUGGGGGUACUCCCACAUUAAAGGGGUGGGGAUGCUUGUUGUCUCACUUAGGGUGUUUUCUGGGCAAAACACUAUUAUAUUAAGCUGCAAUCAUUGGGCCACGCCCAGAUUGGUCUCCUUUAAGGGUUUAAUUCAAAAUUCCCGAUGAGCAUCCCCGCCCAUUUCAUAUGGGAGUCCCCCUCAACGGGAUCUGUCCAAAGUUGGACUGCUUUUAGGUUAUCCUCUCAACUGGGUCAUGUCUUUCUUACAGCUUGUUAUUUGAAUGGGCCCAGGGCACUGAUGUCCCAAGCCGAGGAAGUUUGGUGAAACUUAACACAAAAGAUGGCAACUCCUCGUAUGAGAUUCACCCUGGGGGACUGCUGUGAUUAUCAUACAAUUAAAACCAUUCCAUUGUCUCUCUUAUCCUCUGCGUAUUAAUACAACAAGAACACAAGAACAGCUAUAAAAUGAAGUGGAAAAUCCAGGAUAGAAUUUGUUAGGACAGCUGACUAAGGCAGAAAAAAUGACCGUAUGAAGUAUUUUAAUAUUUUGAUGCUUGAGAAAAAGUUUUUACAUCCUAAAAAAUUGAGUCAUAGGUAGGGUAGACUCGACUGGAUGUAAAUUAAUUUCUUUCUCGAGUCAGUUGAAAAAGGCGAUAAAGAGCAAGGCGUGAAGUAUUUUUAGAUGGAUUCUCUAUUGUUUCUGGAUUGUCGUUUCCAACCUCUUUCCCAGGGUUCUCCCCUACCUGUCCUUACGGAGCGAGAGAGUAGGAGAGAGAACCUGGGAACGAGGUUGUGUCAUAUUCUGAUUCUGAUUAAGUUGUUAAGACAGGCUAAAGAAAAGAAGUAGCAAAUACGCUGUUUGACUUGUGUCGGGUUUCCUGUGAGAAGGGGUUCCUCUUCAGUGAGGGUCGUACAGGGUUGUUUUCGCCUAUGCGUGAUAACCUGUUUUUAUUUUUCUUGAAUCCUGAAUUCUAUAAAUUAUUCUUCGUGUUCCGUGACGAAAUGGUUGUCCGUGCCCCGAGAAAAACUUGAAUUAUUAAAUUGUCGAUAUUCGUGAUUUUAUUACAUAUUUUGGCUCCUAAUUUUCAGUUUCGAGACCUCCGGAAGAUAAGUAAUUACUAUGAAAGCAUCGAAUGACAAUGCUGAGUUUUGUAAGUUGCUAUUUGCAGUCUUGCUUUUUCUUUUUUCCAUUUCAAGCUGUUUUUCAGACACUUCUUUACCACUUUUUUCUUUGCGUAAAAACAAGAUAAAAAACGGUACUUUACAUGCUACUUAUGUGACUCGAA